CAGUCGCUUGACCUUUCCCACGGGCUCCAGCGUGCUUCCUUUGAGAGCGAGACCAUCAUGGCGUCCUGCAGUGUGGAAGACGUGCUCGCCAGAGCCGAGAAAGAAGAAGCCGAAAAACUCAAAAGCAUCUCGGUCCACAAAGAACUCGAACUCGAGUUCGACCUGGGGAACUUGCUUGCAUCUGAUAAAAAUCCUCCCGACGUCCGAGAGUUCAAGCAGCAGAAAAAAGAGGAGUUCCUGCGCUCUCUCGCCCGGGGCAACACGCAGCUGCUCAUCAAUGAGCUCUGGAAGUUGCCCACAGAGAGGGUCGAGGAGGUGAUAGUGGCCAAGCUACCCGACCCUUCCACUCGGCUGCCGAGAGAGAAACCGGUGCCUAAACCCAGGGCGCCGACCAAAUGGGAGGAAUUCGCCAAGCUGAAGGGGAUCCAGAAGAAGAAGAAAACCAACCUGGUGUGGGACGACGUACACAAGGAGUGGAAAAGGCGGUGGGGCUACAAGAGAGCUAAUGACGACACCAAAGAGUGGCUGAUCGAGGUUCCCGCGACCGCCGACCCCAACGAGGACCAGUUCGCCAAGCGCGUAAAGGCCAAGAAGGAGAGGGUGGCCAAAAACGAGCUGAACCGGCUGAAGAACAUCGCCCGGGCGCAGAAGAUCAAAGUGCCCGGCGCUGGGCUGACGCCCGCCAGCCAGCAGUCGAAAGCGGAGCUGCAGAUGGCCAUGCAGGUGGCCAAGACAUCCACGGCCUCCGUGGGUAAGUUUCAAGACCGUCUACCCAAGGAGAAGCCGGCUAGAAACACGGGGAAGAAAAGGAAGUUUCAGCCCCUCAUCGGCGACUUCUCCAGCGAGAAGCAGAAACAGCUGGACAUGCUCAAGAUCAUGGACGGCAAGAAACCCAGGCUGGACAUCACCAAAGCCGUCAACAAGCAGAUGAGGGAAGAGGAUGUGGAGUCGGGGUCCAAGAGGAGGAAAACGCCAGGGAAAAAGGGCCGCAAGGGUAACUUUUCUGGGAAAGGAAAGGGGAAAAAGGGACGCGCUGGAGGCGGAGGCAAGAACAGAAAGCCACGCAUGAAGCAAGGGAAGCGAUAGAGGCGCCACGGGCUUCUCGCGUUUUGCCUGGCGUGGAAGAGGAGCGUGUCUAGAUGCAGUCGUCAUUCGGUGUUCUGUACAGAACGAACUUUUUCUACAAACCUUGGUGCCUUGUUCCCCCCCAAAGAAAUAACCGUGAGGCCCCGUGGAACUGGUUUCACGUUUAAUGGGACGCACAUCAAUGAACUGUGCACUGGGUUAAAUAUUUUUGUAUCCGAUGGUUAAUAGGACACAUGAUACGAUAGUUCAGGUGCGUAGCUGCGUCAGCUGCAAAGGAACAAGUAAUAGGUUUAUUCCCUGCUGAGAAGUGACGAAAGGAAACAACGUUUCGGCUGGAAGACUCUUUAACUCUUACACCCGAAGAAUGCUCCGCCCUGCCGAAACGUUGUUUCCUUUCUUCUCUUUUCAGCAUGGAGUAACCCUAUUGUUCCUCCACAUGAUACGAUGCCUUGCUUUGCUUCUUUUGCAGUGUACGGUAGUGUGCGUGACAAUUCGCUGGAUGAGUGAAAUUUCUCUCGACUGAAUAUUAAGUCUCUCCGUAGAAUCGUGUGUUGUUUUCGCUUUGAGCUCUGAAAGCCCUUCGUCCAAAUUGUUUUUUGUUCAUUUGCCUCAUGUAGAAUGCCCAUCUGUUAACAAAUGAUAAAUGGGUGUAAAUGUAGAAGACCUUAUCGUGAGCCUAAAUGUAGUUCAGAUUCUAUUGUACAGCAGCAUGUUUUAAUUGAUAUUCGAGUUGCAUUCUCUUUUACAUCAGGUAUUUAUGAAACAGAAGAGUUGAUAUAAUUGCAGCCUUAGUCUUGACCUAGAUUCAGUCAAAAUAAGCUAGUGAUAUCUGGUACCUGAUACAGCUGUAACUGCUGUGCAGUGGAAAUCUGUCUUGCCUGUCAUUUUGUCGGUUUUAUGAUUGGCCUUGGUCUAACUUUAGGUUAGGUUAACUUUAGAUCUAACUUGCUGACCUGACUGGGUGAAAUUCACUUGAUUACAGGCCCUAGAUGGGCUCUAUACUAUCAUGACACAUACAAUGGGGGACUGUGUUUUCAGCUUCUGACAGGGAAUAACAAAUAUUCAAAGUUGUGUACUACUUGUAUUCUGAAUACAUUCUGCGUGUGAUAGUAUUUUUACAGUUAAUGGACUCUUUUAUGUCUUCAAAGAUGGUUUUUGUAAUGUCUUUCUAGUUUGUUUGAAGGGCUUAAAGGGUGGUAAUAUGAAGGCCCAGCAUUCGUAUAUGUGCCUAAAGUUAAGAAAAUUAAGUGUCGGACUUGGGAAUCUGAAUAUUUAAGGUGUGCAUAAGCCUAAUUUUGCUGCUGUCUGAAGAGUAAAUAUUACAGAAUGUAUUUGAAGUUGGUGGCUUAUGAAUAAACGUUCACCAAACAGUUGCUGUGGAAAUGUUCAUUUUCUUUGUAUAAUCUUAAUUACUUACUACUGUAUGUUUGAGUGGUGCUGUUUUAAUAAUCACUAGUGUUCAUUGUUACAGUGGUAACCUUAUGUCAUUUAAGAUCUGAAAUCUAUGCAAAUUGUAUGAGAGAAUCGGAUUCCCCUCUUGAAAACAAACAUUUAAGCUAAAGUGAAGUUUGAAGAUAAGAGAUUAAAACUCUGUUAA